AUGCAGGCUCCGGAGAUGACAUAUAGUCCCGCCUUCCUCCAAGGCCAGGGCCCCCUCAACACUGCCCCUCGCAGUUCAAUACUGGGCCCACUGCCAGAUCGCUCUGCAGAUCCCUUGGAUCAGAGUCGACCCGGUUCAUGGCGCCCGUCAGUAGACGGAGGUCACUAUGAGGGGAGUCUGCAAUCCUCACACCCUCGGAGAUCUCUCGCUCAAUCGCCACAGACUUCAAGGCGCUCCUCUCGCGCCGAGAAUGAUGUUGCUGUGACUCGAGUAGUGGUUCCAGGAGGGGUGCUAUACAAGGAUGAACGGUCCCAAAGCAGCUGGGCUGACCAUCCCUCAUUGAUGUCGGCCGACCAACCACCUCCGCCUCGAAAAGGAAAGCGAGGCGUUGCAACAGAUAUACCCGCCGUGCAAGGUCAGGAUGCUUUGCUGAUUCUGUUGCGCUUAUCAGCCCCAGUACCGAUGUACUCCCUUGGCGCAUGUCUCUACACAUUCUUUGCCCUCCUCUUCGUCAUCCUGGUCUCCCCUCUCCGACUAUGCCCCCCCACCCAAUAUCUCCGCAACGCCUCUUUCAAAUCCCAGCUUUGUGACAUGCUUGCUCCUGCCCUGCACAUCCAUGAGCGCCUCGUGCGCAUGCGCCCAUCAACCUCCCACCGUUCAUCAUCGACGCAGUGGAUCCAAACCGAAACCGACUCGGAUCACCCACUGGGAGAAGACGAGGAUACGCGCUUCUACUCCGUUGGCAUGGCCCUCGGAGUACUCUUGCUCUCGCCCUUUUUCAGCUUUGUGAUUACCUUGUCUGCAUGGACCGCUGGCUUCUUCUGGGUGUUCACCAUGGUCAUGGGGAACCCGGAUGGAACAGAGCGCAAGGACGACGGCCGUGCCGCCGUCCUUGGAGUGUGCAAGUGGUGGCAGAAAUGGCUCGCCAAGGCUCGCAAGCUUUCAUAA